AGGCGCCGCGCCCGCGGGGGCCGAGACACUGGGCUUCCCCGGCCGCGCCCGCGCCCUUCCCGCCCGGCCGGCUUCUCCCGGGCACAGUCCUGCGCGGGCCGCGGGGGGCGGAGGACGAUCUAAGAAAGUAAUUUUGUACCUCAUGAAAUGACAGCCCUUGUAAGGAUGCCAAAGAAGGAUUGGUAUGACAUUCUGGGUGCAAAGCCAUCAGACAGCCUGAUGGAACUGAAACGGAAAUAUCAAAAACUGGUAUUAUUAUAUCAUCCAGAUAAACAGAGCGCAGAUGUGCCAGCAGGAGAAGUGGAGGAGCGUGUGCAGAGGUUCAUCGAAAUUGAUCAAGCGUGGAAAAUUCUAGGGAAUGAAGAGACAAAAAAAGAGUAUGACCUGCAGCGGCGUGAAGAUGAUCUCACACAGGAGUGGCCACUGGAUGCUCAAAUAUAUCUUGAAGACAUGUCUUGGAAUAAUGGUACAAAUGUUUCACUUUUUAUAUUGGAAAUAAAGCAGUCUUGUAUAGAGCCGUUGUGGCUGCUUUCUAAGUCUUUGAGUCCUUUUACCUUUCGCAAUGUCUGUGAUAAGUGGAAGAGUUCACUCACAUUUUUAUAUGCUAUUUAACAUCUUAUUGUUUUGUGUAAAUUUCUUGGUGGUGUUAACUUUCUCUUUAAAAUUCUUCUUACCUGCCAGGGUUUUUUCUUUUGUUUCUUUGGUUUUGUUACGUUGCUUUUCUUAUGAAUUUAACUUUUACGUUUAUGGCUAUUAAUAUGACUGCAGUACUCUCCAUUGUGGCCUGCUAUUUUUCUGUUUUUCCCUUCACUCCUAUCUUCAAAAUCAGGUGACAUUGAUUCCUGUUUUGCUGUUAUCGAGUUGGAGUUGCCAAUUGCCUUUCUGCAGUAUUUGGUACUGCACUUCUUUGAGCCCUCUCACUUUUGGCUUUCUGACAAAAAUUUGCAUGGCUACCAUGCAGCAUCUGAGUUGUCUUCUACUAUUACAUUUGAUUCUCUAGACUCUUUUCUCCUUGGUUGGUGGAGAAGUAUCAUCUCCCUACAAGGAGCACGUCCCUCCUGGGUCCCCUGCUUUUGCUGUGACUAUUCUUACACAUAACUUUUUCCAUUUUGACAAAGUGUCACUUUUCUCUUACCCAUUAUCUUAAAAUCAGUUAGUUGAUAAAAACACCCCAAGUUAUUUUUAAAAAAUCUUGGAAAGAAAAAUGCUUCCUCCUUUUCUUUGCUUAUUGCUGCCUUACUGUCUUCCUAACUUACUACUUUAAUAGCUCCACAAAUUGUUCUGUUAUUACUGUGGCCAAUUUUUUAAUUAAUGGAAAACUGCACUAAACAUGCUCUUUGACUUCUUAAGAGUUAAGGAACUCACAUGGGGGAGGGAAGCAUUCCUUGAUUUUGGACCCUUCUCCUAGAACUAGUUCUGUUUUUUUCUCAAAGAAUUAAAGUAGAGCUCCUGGCAGAUGUCAUACUUAAAAUCUGAUUAACCAGUUACCCGUGUCUUAAGUAAUAACCUGGCCACACAUUAAUGUAAUUAAUGGCACAAUAAAGCAAGGAGUAA